CUUUGUGUUCUCCGAUAAAUUAGAGGCUCAGGAGACUUUACGCAGUCAUUCAGGUGAGGACAGUGCGCGCGCGCGGACAUAUAUCCGUACCUUUCACGCGCAGCACCCCGAUCGCUUAUAUAUAUAUUUUUUGCAACGAGAAAAGGACUAUUAUUUUAAACAGGAUUUUGCUGAGCUUUGGAGGUUUUCAUGCCUUAAUCUGUUUUUAUAGGACCGCGCUUUUAACAACAAUACAGGUUAAACUGUGAUUUCGAUGGUUGGAAGGCAGUCGAUUCGUAUGGAUGGCAUUGGUUCUGUGACAGUUAUGGAUGACAGUCCCGCAUCAAGCCCCAACUCUAGCCCCAGCCCUGACACGCUCUCGGCGGACAGCCGGCGCGCAGAGGCCCUGUCCCGCUCCAGGGUGGUCCCUUCUAGCGGCUUCGGUGGCAGAGGGAGACCCGCGGCGGCCAACGCAGCGCGCGAAAGGAGUCGCGUCCAGACGCUCAGGCACGCGUUCCUCGAGCUACAGAGAACACUGCCGUCGGUGCCGCCGGACACCAAACUCUCCAAACUCGACGUCUUGAUACUGGCAACCACGUACAUAGCGCAUUUAACGAGAACCUUGCAAGAAGAAGGGAUGGAAGAGGACAACUCUAAACAAACUGAAGCUUUGAACUCGCUUAAGGGAGAUGGCUACCUACAUCCUGUGAAAAAAUGGCCGAUGCGUUCAAGAUUAUAUGUCGGUGCCACUGGACAGUUCCUGGGUAACUCAAACGAAAAUCAAGGGGCAUCUUCAUCAUCAUCUCAAACAUAGAUCGUUUGCACAUAAGACUUUUUUGAGGUGAAGAUGAAAAAUGAAGGGUAAAAGUUUAAAGUUGUUGUUUUAGUGAUUUUGUUGCGGUCUGUAAAAUGUACGCGGCAAGCGAACCGCAUUCAUUGAAACUGUUAUCAUUGUGCCAUACAGACAACUGAGUAUUGUGCAUAUUAAUAUAUCCUAAUUAUUUCAAAUGUGUAAAUAAGAUGAAAAUAUUAAAGAGACUGUGUUCUUUUUAACUGUGGGUUUCUGCGGUUCUGUACUUGUAACUCUGUCUGAAAUUCGUGUGUGGGGUCAAUGGGCUGUUACGCUUGAGCUGUCGGCUAUGCACUUUCUGUUACAACAUUUGCACUAAAUGCAUGUGUGAAUAACCUAACAUUCGUCAUGUGAAGUGGUCUGUCAGAGUCGCAACAAUAGCAUCAUCAUCCCCUUUUCUCCUCCCUUCCCUCCUUCCUCCUUUUCAAGUGAAUAGCACAUGUGGAAUUGUGAAUAAAGUUAUUCUUAAAAAUUGCACUGCUCUCAGGGUUAUUGUUGUUAUUAUUACCGAUGCUUUCUAAAGUAAACCCUUCACAAUGUGCAAAAUAACGUGUUCCA